AUGACGUGGCACUGCAGGCAAUGCAAGGUAAACAAUGGAGAGAAACAAGAGUUUUGCAGGAGCUGCAGUGUGCAUUGGUCGCAGACAUGGCAAAGACCAAAGCGCCGAUCGCGCAGCAAAAGUGCAAAAGCAACCUCUUACAGGAAUCCGGAGCAGAACAAAGUCUCAGAGGAAGGUGUAAAAGAUUGGAGUGUCUUUCCAGGAAAUGCCCCAUGGAUACCUUCAACGCCUUCAGGAAGAGCUGUGAACAAGAAGACAGAUCAGUCCGAUGGAGCUGGUGCCAAGGAAUCGAUGGUGGAUCAAUCAGUGAUUCAACCGGCCUCAUCGCAAGCAGCAGCAGAAACUUUGUCUCCGGAAGAAGAGAAGAUUUUAGAGCACCUCAAAGGAUUGAAGAGUGCAGGAAUAGAUCUGACAGAACAAAUGGAACAGCAACAACAGAAGCUGAUUGCCAAGCAGCAAGCGGCAGCUGCAUCAAAGGCACUCACACAUGGGCAUCUCAAUCGCCUUACCAAGCUCAAGACACAGGUCACCACGGCAGCGGACAAGGUGACAAAGUUGGAUCGAGAAUGGAAGGCUUUUGUAGAGGCCACUACACAAAAAGUGCAUCAACAUGCAGAGCUGUUUCAGAAGUGCAGAUCGGAUCUUUUAGAGGCAUACAACAUGAAGUUGGCCGAGUUCCAUGCAUUGAAACAAGAGAUGAGUUCGGCAUCGAUGUCAAUGUUGGGGCCGGCGACUGCCGGUCAGAUGAUCCCAGAGGAACCCAAUGUGGGGGAACAGCUGAGGGAUCGAAGAGGUGAUACUGGUCGAGGGAUCAGUGGGCGAAGUGGAUCUUACAGACGACAUGGACGAUGUGGAAGACAUGGGACCCAUGGGUUUUGGACCACAGAGCAAGGCCUCACCGAAGUUGCACAAGCAGUUUCGAGGAGCCACUUCCCCAACGAAAGUGGCACAGCAGCACCUCAAACCGAAGACUCAAGAAGUCAGGGAUGCAAAGAUGAAGGAAAAAGAACAGAAUGCUUGACCCAGAAGGACAGUGGUGUUGAGCGAGUUGUUCAAAGUGACAGUAUUGACGUGGAAUCGAUUCUUGCUGGGUGGUGGCAGGAUUUUGAUGGUCUAUGUCGAGUGUCGCACACAUGGCAACAACCUGAUGAGCAAGGGCUUCGGGAUGAAUUGAAGGAGUUGAGCAAAGUUCCCGUUUGCCAACCUUCGAGACCAAUCAUUGAUGGUCUUCCUUGUCUGGAUGACCUUUUAUUUUUCAAGAAACCUGAAUUGUGGACUGUGCACAAUUGCUAUGAAAUGGACAAUGGCUGUGCAAAGUUUGAUGAUCGGGUUCAUGGUGAGAACGGUAACCACAAUCAACGUUCUUGCUUGUUUUCCAUGAUGGCGGUUGAGGAGUCCGCAUUGCAGCCGUGCACUGUAGGAACUUUAGGUAUGGAACAACGCAGGCAAGACGCAGAAAAACCUUGUGGCGAGUUUUUGUUUUUGACUGGCAAUGGCAGGUUGAAGUCUCAGCGCACGGGUAUGGACAUGGAGGUUGAAAGCGCUUCAUCCCAUGCAGAAGCGCACACAUGGAUCAAACAUGCCUAUGUUCGUAGUGAUCCUUGUCAAAAACAUGUUUUGGGUCGCUUGGUGCAGCAAUCCGGGAGCCUUUUUCGGGGUGGCAGAAAGGCUAACUUGGAUCUUUCUGAACCCCAGGCCAGGGCCCAGAUGUUCAUGUCCUCAGAUCAGGGCAAGUUUCCAUCAGCACCUGAAGAUGCUAGGGACAAUGGUGUUGAUCCUUGUAUGGACAGCCGUUGCAGUUUGCAAUCUCGAUCGGAUGGUGCAAGCGUUGAUGUGGAUUUUUCCUGUCAUUUUCCAAGAACACAUGAUUCGGAGUUCGAGCCACAGCCUUUUGCUGUAGGAGCCUCUGUUAACAUGAUGUAUGGGCAGGGCAAUAUCCAUCAAGUACGACACGAGAUAGAUCUCCCCUUUGAGAUGCUUGACGCCAAUCAAAGUUUUCCUUAUGGCAAUGAGAAGUUUGCCGAUUGCGGAAUUUGGCAAGACUGUGCAGAGGAAGGUAGCAGGCGUCAUCAGGGUGACGAAAGCCGUAUUUCUCACACCACAGAUAGGGUCGAGAAUCAAACAUGUGACAGCCAUUUGCGAGUUUGCGGGGAGGGUAACUUGGAUCUCCUUGAGGCUCAGGCUGAAGAACAAGAGGGUCCUUUGCAGAGUGGGGUCAAGGGUAACUUGGAUCUUGGCUCACUUCAGGACCUACAUGACCAACAGGACCAAUCUCAAUUCAUUGAGUCGAAUUGCAGCAGACAUGUUUCUUUCAAUGAGAAGGUCGACAUUGUUUGCUACCAGCAAGAAGAUGUCUAUCCAGCUACCAUUCGAAUGGUAGAUCAGGCACGUUGUUGUCGCUCACUUUGGCAUAUGCAUGGGCAGAUCACUGAUAUCAAUGGCUUUUUGCAGGUGUUGGCAGGGUUUGAUUUGGAUGACUCGCAUCCUACUUCUUUGGAAGUCCAUGGCCAAUCUAGCCAGGAUGACGGGUCCGGGAACCUAGAGGGCCAGAAUGUCGGUGACACCCAUGAUGAAAAUCUUGACAAUGAGCUGUACAAGGUGGUUGAUGAAAUUCAAGCAAGCAGGUUGCCAAUCUUUGCUGACACUUGGUUUCUUGCCACGAAUCGGUUUCAGGUUUGCGUGCGGCCAAGGGAGAUGAGGUUGAAAAGCUCUUUUUUGGCCGACCCUGUGCAAUUGGAAAGAGACUGUAGAGAAAUGUGGCGAGAGCUGGACAAUGGUGAUCCAGUCACCUUACAAGUGUUAGGAGGGCUUCCUACACGUCGGUCAGCGAUCAAAUUGCACAUUAUCAUCUUGCAAGAUCCAUCGCCCAGGAUGGAUACCACCAUUUUCCAUUCCGAGAGUUUGCCGCCCUUAUUCAAAUAUAGGGCGGUUAUGUUCCCAAGAGACAUUAAUGUCAAAACCUUUUUUGAAAUGGCCCAAGUUGAGGGUGCUUGUCAUGUGGGUGUGAAAGCCUGCUACACUCGAUGUUGGGAGUCAGGUGAGGAGAUUCUCAAGAGCAACCUUGAACAGGUUUGGGUACCAUCAAACAGGUACAUUGAGGGAGACAUCAGAAUUGUUGAUGAUGCCGUCCAGCUGGAUAGUGAAGAGAGUGACCAGGGCAGUGAAGCCUCCACUUGGGCUGGGAGCCAAGCUGACAGUGUGGAAUCCGACGAAAGUUUUCUCAUGUCAGGCGGUCCUCCGCUUUUCCAGUUGGAUGAUUACAUGCAACACAUGUGGGAAACAGCAGGAAUGGAAGACGUUGAUAUGCAGGAUGAGGUCCAAGAACACAUUGAGCAGGUGCAGUCCGAAAUAUUGUAUGCACCGCAGCACCUGGGCCAUCUAUAUGAUGAGAUUGAUCGUCUUAGAGAUCUGCAAAAUGAAGAUGGAUCAGAGUGGACAGCGGCAACUUUUGGGCUUGGACUGGUGGAUUUGGGACGCAGAGAUGUGCGUUUCAACCCUUUCAAUCUCAGGGGUUUGUUGGAAACAAUCCUCAGGACUUGGAGUGAUCACAGCCUAUAUGGCAAUGUAGUGGUGUACAACGUCCACCCACAGCCAGUGGAUUUCUUGGGUCCAAGAACUGUGGCUGUCUUGGUGGUUAUAGAGAUGCCAGAUUCACGAGAUGUCACCACACGCAAUGUGCUGGUUGUGGAGCAAGCUGCGUCGGAUGUUGGUGCCAGACCACAGCCAUAUGGAGCGCGUUUGACUUGCGAAGUUUCUGAGCGAGAAAUCAUGGCCCAAUUGCAGCUGCACCAGCGCUGUCCACCUUUUGCAUUGCGUCCUUGUCAUGUGCGUUUAGGUGAAGUGAUCCUUGAAAAGGGCCAAUUCUAUGACUUUGACCAUGGUUCACUCUGCAGAACUUGGAUUGGAAAUGUGCAUUCUCAGGUCCUUCAAGCUGAGCAAGCUGUGUAUGAUGCUGAACAAUUCUUUUUGCAGGCACAGGCUUUCUUAGAGGCCGAGAACAGUCCUCAGAUCAUUAUCUGCAGAGUCCAUGGAAUCACUCCGCAGAAUCGCCCUUUGGGAUCACGUGAUAUUCACAUUGAUCCAGUGUGGCUGUAUGACUUGGAAUGGAUUGAAAGAAUGAGAAUGCUUUGGCCUUUCGAUGCCAACUUUGCUGGUCUUUAUUUUGUGAAGUCGGCAACAGGUGAUCAACAUGACACUGGACCAACAACUUUUCAUUUCAUUGCCAGAUACGGCCAUCAUGAAGGACUACCGGUCCUCGUCAGACAGCAGCUUGUUGCGGUCGAACAAGUGCCACAAGAGCCACGUGAUGUCCAGGAGUUCUGGGCAAUAUCCAUUCCUUCAGGUGAGAUAGGGUUUCAUGUGGUGGCCAACAUGCCAAACCCCCCAUUCUGGUUUGAGUUUGCGAGGAAUCAGAGGAUAUAUCCACACCUGGCUGUUAAUGGAGUGCGCAUGAGGGAUCUCAGGCAACACUGGAUGCCGGGCGAUUUCUUGCAAGCUCGUUUCCUUGUUUGGCAAAAUCAUCAUGUGUUGUCCAUGUUGGUUGGAAUGGCGCAAGACCGCAGUGAUGAAGAGCCUGAAUUUACUUCGUUUUUGCAGUUCAGAGGAAAAAAGGUGCAGUCAGUGCACAAUUGCAAUGAACAGCUUGACGAUGCUUUUCAGGAAAUUUGCUGUGCCAUCAGAGAGCAGGGCAUUCAAGUCGUGCAAGAAGAUGCAGAGGUUCAUGUCGUGCAUCAGAAAACCAGCGAUGUGAAGGAGUCGCAUGUUGAUCAUCAAGUGUCACAGGACACCAGUGAUGAUGAUCACUUAAAUGCUGGCGACACAAUCGGCUGGUCCAUAAACACGUUUCAUGAGUGUCUCCAAAGAAUUUGCGAAAGAGGUCAAGAAGGCAUCAAUUCAGACUUCUCUAUGAUACCUCAUCUGCACCCACAUGCUAAAAUUGCGGCUGAAUGGGUCUCGGAAGCCACCUCAGAUGUUGAUGUUUGGCAUGUCUUCACAGAUGGAUCAGCUAAGAAUGACAAAGCAACAUGGGCUAUGGUCAUCUUACAAGAAAUACAUGUGCGUGACAGCAUAUGUUAUGCCCGAGUGGGAUAUGCAGCGGAUGAAGUGAACGACGAGAUUGGCAAAGUGGACCGGACUGCCAUGGAUGCAGAAGCCACUGCCAUUAUUGCUAUGAUCGAGUACGCUCUUGCCAACUGCACCAGAGAUAAUGUGGCUGUCUAUUGUCAUUUCGAUGCGUGGACAGUUGGGUUUGGAGCUAUGGGUGAUGGUGCCAUCCCAUGCAAACGAGACUCAGUGUCAGAAAGACAAAAAGCUGCCAGAAUGCUGAUGACGGUUUUGGAGAGACGUGCGGAAGCGAGGCAGGGAUCUUGCACUGGAGUCCACGUUUGUGCUCACCAGGGCCAUCCAUGGAAUGAAAUGGUGGACAGUAUUGCCAAAGAGGUUUGGAAGGGAUGGAAACCAUUGAAGAAGUUUCACUUCAAGUCAGGACCUCUCUUGCAGCACAGGUUGGCAAACUGGGCAUGGAUUGAAGCAGCUCCUUCCCUUGAGCUGCCUGGUCUGAGGCGCAUCUUGCUGAACGAAUUACCAGAUGAAGACAAAGGAAAGCCAGAUAUGACUUUGCAGGGUGUGGCACGUCAACCCCUUCAAUCCCUCUGCAGUGCCAAAAUCAGGAUUGCCACUGCCAAUGUGGGCACCAUGCUAUAUGGUUCAGAGCAGGGCCAGGGAGUGAGCAACAAAGCCAUGGAACUUCUUAGGCAAUUCGAAGAGAAUGGCGUUCACAUCAUUGGCGUGCAAGAGUCAAGAGCCAAUAGGACACAAUGUGUAGAAAAUGGACCAUACACGCGUAUGAUUGUGGCUGGUGAGAAAGGAAAUGCUGGAGUGGAGCUUUGGAUCAAUGGAAGGGCCUUAGCUCAAACUUUUCGGGCAGAUUUCAAUCCAAGCACUGAUUUGUGUGUGUGGCAUCAAAACAAAAGAAUUCUUGCAGCCAGAUGUAACUUUGGAAGAGCCAUGUUCGACAUCAUGGUCCUUUAUGCACCUCAAAGAGGGAGGCCACCACACGAAAUUCAGGAGUGGUGGGACGAGCUGCACAAAAUUGCGGCAACCAGGGACAGCAAUGUCAAUCUGAUUUGCUUAGGUGAUUUGAAUUGCAAGGUAGGCAGUAUUGUGACUGAUGGAAUUGGUGAUCAUGCCGGAGAAAUUGAGGAUGAAGGAGGGGAACGAUUUAGAGAGUUCUGCGCAGAGCAAAAACUUGUUGUUCCCUCCACCUUUGCUCACUGGCACUCUGGUGUCACCUCUACCUUUGUCAGUCCACACAACACUCAAAGCCGCCUUGAUUAUAUUGCCAUUUCUGCAGCAUGCCAAGAGGGUAUUGUCGAGUCACACGUUGAUGUUGACAUGGACAUGAUGAAUGGUGACCGCGAUCAUCAUCCACUGGUGACGACCUUGGCCAUCCAAUGUGUCCAGGCUCAUGAAGGGAAAUUGAAAAAGUGCAACAUUUAUGACCGACAAGCUGCGAGAGCAAUGAAAACAAAGCAGCAGGUUUCGUUGUUGGACAGCUUUCCCAUGCAGCAAUGGUCGGAGGAUGUCAAUUUGCACUGGUCAAAUUUGCGGCACCAUGUGCAAGAGCAAGCAGCCAAACAUUUUCCAUGUCCAAAGCGAAAGCAACGUCAGUUGUAUUUUUCCGAUGUCACAUGGAACCUGCUGUGCGACAGAAAAGAGCAUCGGAAGCAACACAGAGAGCUGCAAAGACAGAUCAAGCGGCAUUUGCUCCAGAGGGUUUUUCAUGCAUGGAAAACAAAUGAUGAUCUGGAAGCGCAAAGAUCACUCUGGGAUCUGGAUCUGAGCAUGCUUAGACAGCAAGAAGCGGUGGUGCUUGAGGCGAGGAUGACGUUGGAUACCAAGUUCAGAGUGAACAAAAACAGAGACUGGAAAAAAUGGGUUGACAAACUUCUGGAGGACAAGAUCUCCAAUGCGAACAGUGCUGGUAAUGACAAGCUGUACAAGAUUUUACAGCCGAAGAGGAUGAUUGCCAAGCAUUGUGGAAAGUUGAUCAAGCCGCUUCCAGGUCUCAGGAAUCAAGAAGGAGAGUGGCAAUUCUCCAGAGAAGCCAUAGCUGCGGAAUGGCAACAUCAAUUUGGACAGAUAGAGCACGCCGAAAUUGUGCAGUUUGAGACAUUGAUGGAAAGAUCGCAGCCCAAAACAGGUACUCGAACUGUGCAGCAUCUUGAGGAGAUUCCGACCUUGCUAGAUGUGGAGAAGGCGUUGAGGGAUUUGAACGAUGCAAAAGCCACAGGACGAGCAGGACUCUCAAUAGAGGCUUUGCACCUGCAAGUCCAACUCUGGCAAGCGAACGCCACCAUCAGAAAAGAAUCACAGGGACUCAUCUUCAUCGACAUCAGGGCAGCUUUUUACUCUGUGGUCAAACAAAUGUUGACUGAGGAAGGAAGUAGCGAGCCUAGAACACGUGCAGUUUUUGAAAAGAUGAAGCUCCCAGAAUCAGUUUGGGAAAGUUUUGCCGCACAUGUGGAUGAAUGCUCCCUGGUGGGACAAGCAACAGGGUCAACCAUUUUGGCACAGGGCACCCAGGCGAUGCUGGCACACAACUGGUUUGCCAUACCUGGAGCAUCCAGUAUCUCAUCGCCGAUGACGGGGACAAGGCCGGGUGACCCUAAUACAGACUUACUUUUCGGUCUGCUUCAGGCUAGAGUGUUAGCCAUGUUGCAUAGCAGAGCCUCCCUUGCUGGCAUGCCACUUUUUCCAGAUGGCAAUAAUGGGCUCAGAGUGCCAAAUUGCGUCACGUGGGUGGAUGACAUUGCCAUUUCUAUUACUAGCUCAGCCAAGGAUGUGGCGCAGACGAUGCAUAUGUUGUCACUUGUACGUGAUGUGAUGCUGGAAUAUGGCUUGCAAUUAUCCUUUGGAGCAGGGAAAACAGCAGCCAUGAUCACUUUUCAUGGCAAAGGAGCGCACAAGGCUCGGCAAAGGUUUGAGGGCAAGCAAGGUGAUCAUUUGACCAUUCUUACCGAGCACCAAGGGGCUGUCCAGGUGCCCAUUGUGACGCAUUACAAACAUCUGGGAGGUUUCAUCACCAAAUCAGGCAGCAAGUUCCAGGAGAUCCGUAUCAGAGCCGCUGCCACCAUGGCGAAGUUGAAACCCUUGCGCAAACUCUUGAAGAGUCCUGUGUUAGCAAUGGAAAAGAAACGCCUCAUUUUGCAGAGCAUGGGGGUUUCCGUGCUUACUUUGCAUUCAGGGACCUGGUUCAAUUUGACCCAGUCAGAGUUUGCGGCAUGGCAAGCAGGAGUUUUUCGAACAUACCAAAUGAUUCAACCCAGACAUGAAGAUGGUCAAGUGCCUCAUACUCAGUUUUACAAGCUAGCUAGCGAGGCUGGUUUACCCAUGCCAAUGGAGCUGCUGUACAUUCAGAGAUUGAAGUUGCUUUUUCAUGUCAUGGGAGUGCAGGAUCGGUUCAUGAUCAAUGGCAUCUUGGAAAAUCAUGAAGUGGACGUCCAAUGCUCAUGGUUGUAUGGUGCUAUGAAAAGCAUCAAAUGGAUGCGUAGCCAGGUUGGCAACUUUGUGGUGCCGGAGGAACUGGAUGAGCUGCAAGAUGUGGCUACAUGGAAUCUGUUUGCACCGCAUGCCAAGAAGUUGCAGCAGUACCUAAAGAAGGUUCAAAAGGCACAUCUUUACAAAAUCAGAGCAUUGUGCGCUGUCAAAGACCAUUCAAUCAGACAGAAUGAAAUUUUGUCCGAUAUGGGCUGGACAUUUGAUGCACCCAAUGUUGAAUUGGGUGAAGAGGAGGCACAUCGCUGCGAGCUAUGUGAUGAUGUGUUUGAUACUCCAGCAGCAUUGGCUGUGCACCAGCAAAAACGUCAUGGUCUGAGAAUUGCAAUGCGUAGGUUUGCAAUUGACAGCUGCUGUCGUGCCUGUGGAAGAUGGUACCACACGCGCUCCCGCCUGCUCCGACAUUUGCAUGUGGGCAAUACGGAGUGCUGGGUUUGGCAUUGCAGACGUUACAUUCCAAUGACUGUGGAAGAAGCAGAAGAAAAAGACAAUGAGGAUCGAAAGAAAGGAGUGGCCAUGCAUCAGAAAGGGUUUGCGGAUGUGGAAGCAGACAAAAUGUGGCGGCCUUGCACUGAAAUGGAGCUCAUGGACCGUUUGCAGUGCAGGGAGGAUGUUGUGGAAAGCUCAGAACAAGUGACUGAAAGCGAAUUGAAGCAGUGGAGCCAAUUUGGGAUGUUGCCGCCAGGAAGAGGUGGAAGAGUGAAGACAUCUCGAAGGGCCACUGAGAUGCACAUGUUCAAUGUCAACAGAGAUAUUGCAAUGUUGGAAAAUACCAUGUUAAAGGAGGUGGGACGUUGGUCGCCAGACUUUUCAUGGGUGCCAAGACCGCUAUCUUGUGGUACCAGAUAUUUUUUGGUGCUUUUUAGCGGCCAUCGUCGGUUUGCCGACAUUGCUCAGCAGUUGUCCUGGAAAAGCAACAUCAUACCGAUCUGCGUGGAUUUAGCCGUGGAUCCUUGGCACGGCAAUAUCCUGCGGGACACACUUUGGCUCCAACUCAUCCGGGCAAGGAAAGUUGCAGGUGCUCACGCAGGUCCCCCCUGCGAGACUUAUACCUUUGCCCGUUGGAUUGAAGUUGAAGGAGGUGGACCAAGGCCAUUGCGGACCACUUCAGAACCAUUGGGAAAAGAUGAGCUUACCAUCAAGGAGGUCGAACAGGUCUUCAUUGGUACCAUCCUCAUGCUUCAAGCGAUCUAUUUGCUGCUACUGGUGUUUUUACAUGGAGGCAGCUUUUCACUGGAGCACCCCAAAGGCCAGGGUGGAAAAGAUGGCAAGUGGUCCAUCUGGGACUCUGCUUUUAUCCAACAACUUUUGCUCUGUGCGGAAGUACGGAGGGUGGAUUUCCUUCAGGGCCCAUUGGGCCAGCCCUUUCCGAAGCCUACUUCGAUGCUUACAGGCAGACUGGAAAAGUUUGCCACGCUGCUGUUCGAUCACUACCAGCCCAACUGGAGGCCAACUGACAGAUUGGGAGGAAGGGAAAAAGACAGCAAGCAGUGGAAGACCGCGAAGGCGAAAGCCUACCCUCCUUUGCUGUGUAAGGCUGUGGUGGAAGCACAUCUUCAUUUUGCAGAGACCAUCACAAGUGAUCAUGAGGAGCCUGAACCUGAGGGGUUGCGCGAAGCCCUUCAAGUGUUAGCCCAACCUUUUGAUCCCUACAGCAUGGACAACAAGGGUGCCGUCAUGGGAGCAGAUUAUUGGGGACGUGCUGUCAACGGCAUCUAA